AAUUUAAUGAUUUCUUUCUUUUUCAGAUGAUGAACGGGUUACAGAAUGAUGAUCAGCUUGGUGGAUUUGUGACAAAUGUAACUGUGACUGGAUUGAGUCCAGGGAGUGUCGUUGUAGAUGCAAUGAUCAUGGUCUCAGGUGAUAUUGCAACGUCUUUAUUUACGGAUACUGAUCCAGACAACACAUCAGCUACAGACCUUCAACUGUUAUUAGCUAAUCAGGUGUCUGCUGCCACCAACGAAGCUGUCAUGACAUCUCUUUCCAAUAAUGCUGAACUUGGGUCCUCAGAUGUAACCGUUGAAGUAAACAAGGUGGGUGUUCCGAUAAACGUCAAUGGCGUGGAUCUACCAGAUACUGUAACGCCAGCAAAGCAUAGAGAGUCCACCAACCUAACUCCAGGGAGCUCCGACGGGGCUCCGACGCCGUCGUCUUUCGUCGGCUUUCGUCGGCGUCGGAGCUCGAUCCCUGGAGUUACCAUCAACCACUCCUUCAAUGCAUGA